AUGCGGGGUAUUAUGUAUGGAACUCCCAUGCUAUCUAAGCUGUUAAAUGACACGGACAUUGCGUUGAUAACGGAACACUGGCUUCUUCCAGAGCAGAUGAAUUUCUUGAAUACCAUUGAUAACAAUUUCAAAGCAUAUGGAGUUUGUGAUGCACGAAUAGCGUUAGAGCCUGAAAACAGAAAGUGUAAUCGUGGAUUCGCUGGAAUUGCAUUUAUGUGGCGAAAAGAUAUGGCUGUUUCACCUAUUCUAAAUGAAGGGAAUGACAGGGUUGUAUGCUGUUCAGUUCAACAUCGUGGCAAUUCACACAUGUUUAUAAUAGGGGCUCUUAUGCCUUCUACGAAUGUUUCUAAAAAGGUAUAUGUAGACACUCUCAGGUGUGUAUCGGACCUCUAUGAUCGGUUCUCCCAACAAGGGCAUGUGAUUCUAAUGGGUGAUUUUAAUGCGCAGAUAAACAAAUCUUUUGGAAUAAAAAAUCACCAAAAAUCAAACGAGAGAGGUAAAAUAUUACAAACAUUCAUCAAUGAGCGCCAUCUGAUCUCCGUUAACUCUCAAGUAUGGACAAAGGGCAUGUCACUGAAGGCAGACCACGUGGAACGGACUCUUAACGCGUUUAGAGAAUACAAAUUAUGUAAACGCAUGUUUGUAAAAGAACUUGAAAUUGCUCGAAGUGAAUAUGAACGCAAGCAGUUAAUGGAACUGGCGGAAACAGCUGAAGUUGAUGUUGGAACUUUUUAUAAAGUUGCCCGUUCACGACAGGUCAAAGGUUAUGAAACAUCAGAACUACGGGUCAAUGGUAAGAUAUCGCGCGACGCAGAUGUCAACCGUAAAGCAUGGACCAAUCACUACAGUGAACUUGCUAGUGUCACAGAAAAACAACACUUUGACCCUGUGCAUAGGCAUCAGAUAGAUUCCGCUGUACACGAGCUUGGUGCUAUUAGUUAUCUAAAUGCGAAUAGUGUAUGUCAAGGCCGCAUUACCGAACAGGAAGUUUUGAAUGCUUUAAAAGACAUGAAGGACGGUAAAGCGGGGGGCCACAACUACAUUGUGUUGGAACAUAUUCGAUUCGGCGGUGCGCAACUCCUCAAAUUGAUAACUCAGAUGUUUAAUGUCAUAUUGGAAAUUGAAGAUUAUCCACCAUGCUUUAAACAUGGAAUCAUCAUAUCAUUAUUCAAGGGUGGAAAAAAGGACAGAUUGGAUGUCAAUAACUACCGUGACAUAACGCUAACACCUGUGCUUCAAAGAAUAUUUGAAAAAGUGUUAUACCAGAGGAUAUCAAAAGUGUGCACAAAAAUUAACUUCCCACAUUGUCUUCAGCAAGGUUUCAGAUCAAAAUGUGGAAGUAUUACUGCUGCCUUUACUGUUAGGGAAGCCAUUUGCCACCACCUUGAGCUCAAUACGAAGGUCUACGCGGCAUUCUUAGAUAAUGCAAAAGCUUUUAAUAGUGUUUGGAUUAAUGGUCUACUGUUUAAGCUCUACAAUCUUGGCUUUAACGGUAAAAUAUGGCGUAUUCUUGCAAAUUCUUUUGAGGGAGUGACGUCAUGUGUGCUAUACAAGGGGAAAAAAGGGAACCCCCUAUCCAGUCGAACAGGGCGUCGGUCAAGGUCGAACUUUGUCGGCAUGGCUUUUUCUGGUUAUGAUUAA